AUGUUGGUGUUGGGAAAUGACGAAGUAUACCAGCUUUCGGACAGUGCUGAAUAUACUGAAGAGGAUUUGUUGGCGAAUGCCAUGUACUUAUUCAUUGUGCUCGUGUUCAUUACUAGUGUGGUUGCUGUUAUUUCCUUUGGUAUAAGAGAGUAUACCAUAUCUUUGAAGAAGAUAGGCAGCUCAGCCACUGAUAAGAAGGUACUAGCAGCAGGGUGGUCACCCGUGGAGGAGGAAGAGGAAGCCGAAGAGGAGGAAGAGGGAGUCAAAGAGGAGGCAGAGGAAGAGUUUGCACCGAUUCUGGAGAUCUCUGAAGAUUCGAAUACCAAGAAAGACAUUGAACAAUUCAGACCAACCGGUACUGGGCUAAUACAAGAGCGAACAAUCGAUGGAUAUGAUCAGAUAAUUGAUACUAGUCUGUAUAAACAGGAGGGAUACGGUUCUUCCGACCAAGAGAUAAGUAGUGAAGAACGAAUUGAAGUAAUGAUUUCGUCAAACAUCAGUGGGGGCACAUUUGAUGAAAUACUAGAACAAGAUUACACAAGGAGCUUAAAAGAGGUGACAAAGAAGAAGUAUACGAUUAGUGAAAUGCAAAAAAUUUUUGAACAAAACAAUCGAAUAACGUUAUAUUAUCAAAGAGCCCAAAGAUACGGAACACCAAUCAUAUUAUCGGAAGUGCUUAAGUAUACAAAUAAGAUACCCAAGUAUGAAUUUGCAAAUGCCUGGGAAGCCGAUAAAAUGAUUAGUGAAAUACGGAGUAAAAUGAUGAAUAAUUUGCAACUCGAGGCCUUUGAUAAGAACAUGAUUGUUUUGCAAUUGAUUAGUAUUGGGAGUUCUAAUGAAGUUCUCGAUAAUGAAAACUAUUAUUUAUUAUCGUUUAACGAGUUAAUUGAAAAUAUAAUUGAUACUGGAGCCAUAAUUGAUAUACUUAACGAAUUAGAAGGAAUAAUUCGAACCAAUUUAAUCGAAAUGAUAUUAAUUUAUUGUUGGAGUCAUUGGAAUUUCAAAGUUAAUAAUAAAAGAUUACAACAGGCAAUUCAUGAACGAUAUCAAAGAUGGAAAUUUGAAAAUUAUAUUAUUUCCAAUCAUCAUAUAAUAUUUCGAAUAUUAUGUAAUUUUAAAAUUGGACUUUCAUCGAUUAAAUUUAAAAACGAUCGAAAUCUAAUUAAAGAAUACGAAUUCAGGUUACAAUUACUUUUCCGAGAAUGUAUUAAGACAAGUUACUGUAACGAGUUUAUGAUUUUCAUUCCAAUGUUAGCCCAAGCAGUUGACAUUUCAAUUAAUCAAAAUAUUAAAUAUUUCUUUUAUGAUUUACUCAAAAUAAUCAUCACCGUUCAUGAUAAAUGUUGUAUGAAAGAGUAUUUACAAGAAUCAAAGAAUACCAAUUUAAAAGCAUUAUUACAACACGGAAUCUGGUAUAAGCAUGAUGCCAAUCUACAAAAAAAAGUAAGAGAAAUAUACCAAUAUCUAAUUGAAAUCUUCGAUACCGAUAACUCGGUUAUAAAUAACCUUUCAAACUGGUUUAAAGAAAUCGACGGUGGUAAAAAAUUUGUUGCUUCCAGUGCCAAAUUGAACUCUGAUCCAUACAAUCACUUACUGCAAGCACCGACUCCUGGCUCCUGGACCGUUCAUUGA